AGCUGGCGAUAGUGCGAUGUGCUCCAAAGCAAAUUGGACCGAUCUGCAUUUGCUCACUGGAGACUGUAAGAAGAUUCUAGUCUUUGUUUUUAUAAUUUGCAAAACUCUUUUUAUUACCAUUUCUUCUGCAUACGGCACUGCACUGAAUUUUCACUUGCAUUUUCUUGGUUUGAGCUAGUAGAAUCUUAAACAUUUUUGUGCAGUUGUCAACUUUGUUCCCUUGAGCACAGUGCGCAAAACCACUGAAUAGGCCACUUCUAAAAAUACCAUUAUGUGUCAGUUUUUCAAAAAUUUGCAUACUUAACUUAUUUGCUUGCAAACACAAUUGUAGUUAAGUUCAUGGUUGGCCACCUAAAGUAUAGUUAAGUACCUUUGUCUUUUUAAGACACUUUCAGCAUAUUGGCAAUGAGAGAAGUGAGUUUGGAGGACUCUUUAGAUAAAGCUACAGGCUCUAGUGCAAGCCUCCUAUAUGUACUCUGAAUUCUAUUGUAACAAAAAAGGCCGGAAGAAUUAUGCUUUAAAGAUUACUACAUGGCAUUCUUGGAAAUUGGCUGUUGCAUGUACAGUUUAUACAAACAGCAAAAGAUAAUGUGAACCUCAGGUUUACAUGAAGCUCUGCUUAAACGAUAAUAGACCAUUUUACAGUUGUGAGCUUAGUAUUCCAGCCUUUGAGUGAAUGCAGGGCUGUCAACCCCCCACGUCAUCAAAUAUUGAGAAUUGAUUGAGAAGAAAUGAUAGAUGACAUCAUAUCACACAACAAAUGACAUCAUUUGUGCCAAAAGUGCUUGUUGAUUCUGAGCAACGUAUAUAGCACAUAAACAGUUCAUAUUUAGCCACAUUAUUGCUUAAAUUACAGUGGCAUACCAGAAUUUAUGGGGACAUGUUCCGGUAGUAGCUCAAACUACACAAAAUAUUUGAAAUUUUAUGGUUGGAAAGUUGAGUGUAUGAGAAAUAGGAAUUUUGGCGAUUAUCUGGGAGAUAUCAGACUCUAAUCUGGAGACCAGGAGAUACGGUCCAAAAUCUGGAGUCUCCCAGAUUAUCUAGGAGAGUUGACAGCACUGUGAAUGUGAGGUUGAGGUUGACCUUGUUUUGAUACAAACCUCUUUCCUUUACUUUUGGAAAUUAUGCUUAAAGAAUGCCAGUUUGCGAAAAAAAUCAACUUGAUUUACAUAAUAAAGCAGGACGGGUUGUAUCAAAACAAGGUCAACUCCAGUCUCAUUUCCACCUGUAACUGUAAAAUGCUCUAUUUGAGAAUAUUAUGGUAUUUUUCAAAGUGGCCUUCAUGACUGUAUAUAAUGUUGAUCACCAUCCCCUCCCUUGUUCACUUAGACUUCUAUGCAUUCAGGAAAAAAAUUCAUUUUAAGAAAAGCCACCUUCAUUUAUGGAUGCAGCCCAAGUUUCAGCACUAGGUUGAGAUCAACAAGGACUCUGUGUAACUUGAAAUCAUUUGAAAUCGGCCCGCUGAGGAAGAGUUUUUGUUAACUAAAGCUUAUUACGUUAGUUAUGGCUGCCAGGCUACCAUCUUGAAAGCAAAUGAGAAACUAAAUGAGGAGGAACGGGCAAGGGGGAGGGGCAGGGAGGAGAGAGUAAAUUUAUAUUUUCCUCUCCUCCCUUUCCCCUUCCUCUAUUUCAAACCUGUUGUCCUCUCCCUGGAAUCAUUUAUUGCCUUGCCCCAACUUUUUAUCAAUUUAGGAGAGCACUAUUCCCAAGAAAAGUGUCAUCACUCCCACUGCAAAAUACAUCUGCUUUGCAGGCACUAAGGUUGUUUCUAACCCCAUGUAAAUUAUCAUUUUUCCACUCCCUCUACUGAUGUCAGAGGCAAACCUUUAACAUACCCUACCCCUCACAAAUCUUCAAGAAUUAAAGUGUUCUGCAGUUGGUACGCACUCAAUGACUCCUAUCAACACUGGGAGAAAAAGGUGUGUAUAAGGUCUGGGCCUGAACCAUUAAUUUUCUAAUUUGCAGUCGUUUCUAAUAGGUAAGGAUGCUAACAAAACGCAUGGAGCCAUAUAUCAUCCCACGACAUCUUCUAUUUAUAUAACAACUGCAGCCCUUUGUUUACUACUAAGUACAGUCACACAAUUCAAGUAUAAUAGGUAAGUUAUAAUCAGGGGGAUAUGUUGUGGUUUAAUUAUUUUAUCCUAGCUUGGUUUAAAUUUUAUUCCCUUUGUUUUGGGGUAUAGCAAUGUAUGAUAAUAAGUUUAAAACAAAGGGAAAUAAAAUUUAAACCAAGGAUUAAACUGAACCACAACAUAUACAAUUAGAUCCAUGCAAAAGUUUCUUGUUUGUUCGGCACCCUUGUUGUUUCAAGGGUACACUAUUAUUUCUGUUUGAACAUACCCUCACAGAGACUGACCCUGUGUAAUAAAAAAAGGAGGUUUAGUGUGGCAAAGUUACCAUGGAAGGGGGGGGCUUACUGCAUAUUUUACCAGGAACAACAUUACACAUUCCGCCAAAGGUUAUUGUGAACUCAGUUCGCAUGCUUGUUCUCUUCACCGUC